CGACACCUCCGACGUCCUCUCCUCCUGGCACCCAUCAUAUACGCGCAAUCGUGUCGCGUCCACGGCGCUCUUCCUCUGGCGACGCUCUCUCUAGCCUCGCAGUCCGCCGUUCUGUUGCGCCCGCACGCCCCGUCAGCUCCUCAGCCCUACCCCGCCAGGCGAAAACCCUCACCGGCAUUCCAGUCUCGACCACCUGCGCACCCAUCCCGCUAUCCUUUUGCACAGCUCCCCCCCUUGAGCCACUAUAUACGCUCGACCCUCCAUCCGUGUCGGAUCUUCAUCGCUCAGUUAUCCACUUGCUCCCGGCGCUCGACUAGCUGCUGGCCUCGGAUCUCGCCCUUCAAAGAAGAAACAUGUCCUACGGAUACCCAGGCGGAGGCGGGUACGGUGGCCAGCCUCACCAGGGCUACGGCCCUCCACCGCCGCAGAACUACGGAUCACCGGGAUAUCCUCCGCAACAGUACCCGCCGCCCCAGCAGCAAUAUGGCGGAUACCCGCCUCAACCAUCUCACUCUCCACAGCCUCCUUACAACGGAGGCUACGGGCAGCCAACUCCUCCGCCGCAGCAAUACGGCGGGUACCAGCAAACCCCUCCUCCUCAGCAGUAUGGAUAUCCACCUCCUCAGCAGAACCCAAUGCUUCCACCAGCCAACCAGGGCUAUGCCGGCGGCCAUGGCGCUCCCCCUCCACCUCCCACACAGGCCCAAGGUUUUGGCCCAGGCGCGCCGGCAGGCUACAGUUUCCAAUACUCUGCGUGUAAUGGACGGAGAAAGGCCCUACUCAUCGGCAUCAACUAUUUCGGCCAGCGUGGCCAGCUUCGGGGUUGCAUCAACGACGUGAAGAACAUGUCCACGUAUCUAAACGGCCACUUCGGGUACAAGCGCGAGGAUAUGGUCAUCUUGACCGACGACCAGCAGAAUCCCAUGAGCCAGCCGACCAAGCAGAACAUUCUCCGAGCCAUGCACUGGCUUGUCAAGGACGCCCACCCAAACGACUCCUUGUUCUUCCAUUACUCCGGUCAUGGUGGUCAAACGCCAGAUCUCGACGGCGACGAAGAUGACGGCUACGAUGAGGUUAUUUACCCUGUUGACUUCAGGACAGCAGGCCACAUUGUCGAUGAUGAGAUGCACAGAAUUAUGGUCAAUCCUCUCCUACCAGGUGUACGACUAACCGCUAUCUUCGACUCCUGCCACUCUGGUUCUGCUCUGGAUCUCCCAUACCUCUACUCUACUCAAGGUGUCGUCAAGGAGCCCAAUCUUGCCAAGGAAGCAGGUCAAGGUCUACUUGGCAUUGUUUCGUCUUAUGCUCGCAAUGAUAUGGGUGGCGCUCUCAAAGGGGUAUCUGGAUUGUUCAAGAAGAUCACAACUGGCGAUGAAGUUUACCAGAAGAACCUCCGAACGAAGACUUCUCCGGCUGAUGUUAUUAUGUGGUCUGGUAGCAAGGACUCACAGACCUCCGCUGACGCGUCAAUUGGUGGCGAGGCUACUGGGGCUAUGUCUUGGGCAUUCAUCAAUGCGCUCAAGAAGAACCCCAACCAGAGCUACGUGCAGUUGCUGAAUAGCAUCCGUGAUGAGCUGCAAGGAAAAUACGACCAGAAGCCGCAGCUCAGUUGCAGUCAUCCAUUGAACACCGACCUGCUCUAUGUGAUGUAGACGUGCUUCAUGCAAAAUCACGAACCUCGGCUCGCGAGUACGGCUGAAUUACCAAAAAUGAUAUGACGAUUCGUGGAAAAGUCGACCUGUAUAUAGCAUAAUUGUGGACUUGGAGGAAAUCCUUUCGACUACCCUCGGGCUAUUCUUCUCGGCAGGCGUUGGAUUAAUACUGGGCGGAGCAUUGAUAUACCAUGUAAAUGAAAUGAGACAAUCCUAUUCUCUUAGGCCUGGUGAGAUGGUGGUGCUAAUAGUGUAGACUUUCGACCGGCUGCAGUGAAUGGCCUUUUGAUAUCCUGAGUCAACUCGGUCGUUCAUCUCGAGGCACCGAGGCCAAUAUCGAGGUCCGCUAAGCGAUGCACGAUCUGGCCGAGCCUUGGCUAAUUGGACUUCGUAUACGAGCAGACCGAGGCAGUUGGUCAGCUCGAGCCGCUCGCAACGCCUUCACUACAUCACCACCUGUGGGAGAAACCCAGUC